UUAAAUACUGGGUGAUAUAUUCGUAAGUUUCUGCAAAUAACUUCACUGAUCACCUUAUGAAAUGUGUAUAUUUCAAGUUUCAUGUGAGUCCUCUGUCAUACAAAUCCAUUUGGACAGUAUCUAGUCAGUGUCUCAUAGGUGAUAACCAGUGUUAUCCGAUCAUUAUUUGCAAGAUGAAUUGGACCAAAUAUUAAACUGAAAUGUGAUAAUUGUCGCUCGACAAAUCGGCGUUGCAAGUGAUGUUUCGUGGUCGAUAUAUACUAGUUCAACCAGAUACAUGUGUUACAGUCAUUCGUCGAGGUGGACUACGAUCAGUUGGAUCCAUAAUGAAGUGUUUAACAUGGCCUAGAAACAGUGUUCAUUCACCUUGUAAUAUACCACGAGAGUCAACGAGGAUGUCUGAUGAAAGUGGGGAAAAUAUUGUUGAUACAGUGAAUCAGGAGUGGAAUUCUGGCGACGAAACACCCAAUGAAUUUGAUCCAGGUUCACCAGAGAAAGACAGUGAAAAUGUCGAUAUUAUUACUAAGUGA